GCGGCGGCGCACUGGUUUAAGCGCUUCCCACAAUGCACUCGCCGAGCACCAGCGGGAAACCAAAAUGGCGAAUGCCCAGGGUCAAUAUGAACCGUUUGUUAUUUUCUGAUCCAACCAUGAGCCCCUCACGAUUCUCCGGCGCACUUUUGAGAUAGCUGCGUGUGGGAUAGCGCCGGGAUAACUGCAUUCACGGUCCGGAGAGUAGUUUAGUUCCGUGUGUGUGUGUAAAGAAGCGGAUUAGCCCGAUGAGAGACUCCGGUGUAGUGGACCACCUCGCUCUCCAUCAGCACUCGCCCGUGUCCCAUCGGCAGCAGAGGCCUCGGUCCCUAUCCCCUCAUGAGUACGGAGACCGGUUCUCCGAGGGACAGGACGUGCUCGCCCGUUGGACUGAUGGACUCUUUUACCUGGGAACCGUCACAAAAAUUGAUCAUGGAAAGCAGCGAUGCUUUGUGGUGUUUGAGGAUCAGUCCAAGUCCUGGGUGCUCUGGAAAGACAUCCAGACAGGUAUGGGUGAUGAAGAUGAUGAGGAUGAGGAGGACGAGGACAUUGUGUGCUCUAUUUGUCAGGAUGAAACCUCCGAAGAGCCCAAUGAAAUAGUCAUUUGUGACCAGUGUGGGCAAGGUUACCAUCAGCUGUGUCACACUCCCAUCAUUGAUGCUGCUGUCAUUGACUCUGACGCCAAAUGGCUCUGCUCCGAGUGCUUAUCCAAGAGGGCGGGCUCCCAUCGUAGAAUAGCCACACGCUAUCACGACCCCGAGCCAGUGGAUAUGGAUAACUCCGGCCUGCGUCUGUCUUUUCCAUAUGACCCCAAUGAGCUGGUGUGGAACCCAGGCCACAAAACCAACAUGCAGCAGUGUUACUGUUACUGCGGCGGACAGGGAGACUGGUACCUGAAGAUGAUGCAGUGCAGCAGGUGUCUGCAGUGGUUCCAUGAGGACUGUCUCCACAGUUUACAAAUGCCCAUGCUCUACGGAGACCGGUUUUAUCUGUUUGUGUGCUCUGUUUGUAACCGCGGACCAGAAUACCUCACUCGGCUGCCUCUGACAUGGGAGGAUGUGACUCACCUCAGUCUGUAUAAUCUAAGUGUCAUCCACAAAAAGAAGUAUUUUGACUCAGAGUUGGACUUGAUGGUCUACAUUAACGACAACUGGGAUCUGCUGCAGUUAGGAGAGCUGGCUGAUACUCCCAGAUCUGAGCGAUUUGAAUAUGUUUUGGAGGCACUCACAAACAAUCCCAGCAUGUUCAUGUCCGGUAAAGAGGUGAAGAAAAAGAAGCACUGGUAUGGUUUGAGGAUCCGCUUUCCCCCGGCUCCUCCCAACACCGACGAGCCCGCAGGCCGCAUGGAAAGGGCCUCGCAUGAGAUCACCAUCAAAGGUUGCAAGUCCGCCAAGACCCUAAACAACUCCAGAGACGUCCACUCUUUAACCAACGGCACAGAGAAGAAGAAAAAGAAAAAGAAGAAAAAAAGGAAGCAGGAGAGUCGCUGUGUGGAGCCGCGGCCCCAGCGCUCCAGCACGCACAUGUCCCAGGAAAUGCGAAAGCCUUUAGAGUCUCACUCAAGGGAUCGAUUCCCUGCUAUCAAGAGUGACCGCCCUCUAUGUCGAACGUCAGAUGUGGAAUCUAUCGGAGCCUUGAGCACCUCAGAAACUACCUCAACUAGCAUUUCAAGACCAUCUAGCCUUUGUAGUUCCAACAAGACUCGGCCAGCACCCGUCAGCAUCACACCCCUUAGCUCUCCACCAUUAAAAAGGAAGCGCGGGCGUCCCCGAAGAGCUGCCCCACCACCAAACCCCGAGAUCCCUCCCCCCAGUGAACCGGACCCUCACCCCAGCGCCACAGAGCUGCUCAGCCCGCUGCAUGGCCUCCACUCCACGGACAUAAUCCACGGCAUGGACCCAAACAGCCAGAUGUCCCACCUCCGGAGCUCCAUCAGCAGCUACUUUGGCCCAGCGGGACGCCUGGCUUGUGGCGAGAGGUACAAAGUGUUGGCCCGGAGAGUCACACUGGAUGGGAGGGUGCAGUAUUUAGUGGAGUGGGAAGGAGUUACCGCUUCAUAAGACUUUUCACCACCAAUGCCACUCAUCUGUGUGUCUGUGUUAAGAAAUCAAACUGAAAUUGAAUGCACCGCGCUAUUGCCUUGGACCGUUAGAAGAAAUCAUUGCUUUUGCCAACACUUGCCUUUUUCAGACAGCUUAACUGAAUCUAUGGACGUGCGAACAUUCUUUAGCAUCUGUCCCUCCUCUGUUUGUGAUGCUAGGUGUUGUCUUUGCAAUUAUUUUCUGUUGUGAAGUUUAAAAAAAAAAAAGUUCUGCUGCUGCAAAUGUUUAUUAUUUUAUAUAGAGUGAUGCUACAUUUAUUAUUAUUAUAGCCGUUUUUUUAUUUAGUGAGUGCUUGCACUUAAUAUUUAGCUUUGGAACAAGGCAGCAUUUUUGUAUCUCAGUUCCCAGUUCUUGCUUCAAAAGCCAACACAAGUCAAGUUCUAAGCAGUGACUUUGUUAUGUCAUUUUUUAUUCUAUAGUCAUGGAAAUUGAACAAGGUAAAUUCUCGGAAAUUUGAUCCAUGUUUUGUUUUUAUCUACAGUUAUUGCAAAAAAAAAAAAAAAAAAAUCUAAGAAAAAACAAACAACGGGUUCAGUGUCAUCUUUUCCAGUGUUUUAUAAACCAGUUUCAGACUUACUCAGUUGUAGUUAUAAUUAUGUCAAAGUAUUUAAUAAGUCAAGCAGAUCAAAGUGUAAACGCUUGAUCAAAAGUAUUCUGUCAUGUCAGUUUCUUCAGCCAUUUUUGUUUACUUGCAAAUAUUAAUUCAAUCUCCAUGGAGGUUAUUGAGCAAAGUGUAAAAGUGUUCAUAAUGUUUCUUCACUUUGAUGUUGUUCAUAUGUUCAGCCAGUGUCAUGAGUUUUCUGUGUACUGUGACUGACUCAACAGGCUAACCAGGCCAAAGAAUCAUUCAUGCAAACUUUUGUUACAUUACAUACAUACUUUUAUUUACAAUUGUACAUCGCUGUAGAGAUGACAUGUUAUUUUUGAACCGAUUUUCUACAGAAUAAAUAUUUUCAAAUGACAAAAAA